AUGAAAGAUAAGAACAACAUGAUGAUCAGAAGGAAGAUAAAAAAAUAAUCCCCAAAAAAAUUUCAAAUUAUAGAUGAUUAGUUAAGCUCACCAUUAAUAACGAAUGAGAUUCUGUUAUAGAAAUAUCCUAUCUAUUGCCCAAGUGAUAUCUCAAGUCCCAACUCUGCACGAGAAGAACCUGGUAGUAUGUUGGAAUUCUUGCUCCAUUUAGAGAAUUCUAACUACUGUCAGUUCAUCUGA